GUGUUUCUUCUUGCUUUGUUAAGGUACUGUUGGGAACAGCCAUGGUGGUAGGCUUUAUCUUGGUUUUGUUGGUUGCUACGCUAGACUCGACUUCUACUGAUCAAGCUCAAGGAGGCAUAGGGUCAACAAAGAGUACACAUAUGACCCCAUCAUCAGCUUCAUCGUAUCAGUUUUCAGGUACGAGUAUGAAGCCCGAAGAUCAGAAACUUGUUCAUCCGGAGCUGGAUCUCAACUAUAUGAGCAAAAGAAGAGUUCCAAAUGGCCCGGAUCCUAUUCACAACAGGAGAUCUGGCAACUCCGGGCGACCGCCUGGCCACGCUUAACCAGUGGAGCAGUACUCUACAGAGCUAAGUUCAGCAGGGAGUGCAUAUCAAAGACGAUGACGGGCGUACGAGCUCAAUUGAUGAAGAUAGAUGCCUAUGUGUAUCUUACCUUAAUUAUUAAUAUUAGGCUAAUGUGUGUGUGUGUGUGUAUUUCGUAUAUAUCCUGGAACUACAGCAUAUAAAAUCUUCAAAACUAAUUGGAAAUUGGUUUCACA